UCUCGUUUCUGUGCCCCGAUUGUCUCAUAUUCAACAUUUAAAAGACAGUGGGAGAAAAGAAAUCGGCGAAAAAAGGAUGACUAUGUGGGUCGACCGAGUGCAGGCCAUACAGAUUUAGCGUGGAUCGUGCAAGGAUGUUGUCGUCGCGGCCAACGGAAAAAUGACGAUCCUCAUUCAUUGUAGCCUCCCUCGCAGACGUUCUUAGGGGUUCGUCACGCGUUCCUGCCCCACGUUCGUACGUCUGCGUGGGAGGCUAAAUUCAUUGGAAAUUGAGGUUGUUAACAGCAGCGGGGGUGCAAAAAUUUCCAAAGCU